UUAUAAUACACAAUGGUAAACGUCGAUGACGUCAAAAAAAAUUCCGAAUGGAGAGCGAAUCGCCGUGGAGAAUUGUCAGUGAAAAUUUAUAUUAUAUUAAAUAUUCGUGCCAUGAUAAUUUACAGUUUCUCGAAAAUUAUGUAUUCUUAAUAUUUUCAUUAUUAUCGUUUGGAACAAAUAAAGAUGUCGAUGAUUCGUAAACAAAUCGAUCGGUCAAACGGAAAUGGCCGCCGUGUGGCGCUUCCGUUUAUCGUUAGAGAGUUUACAUUGCGUUAAUAACGAUUACGAAAUUUCUUUAAAAUUUCCGUAAUGUUUCGAGAAUGCUAAUGGAGCUGAAAUAAGGAAGAAAUACUUAAAAAGAAAAAAAAAGAAUCGAAAUUCCGCCCUCUAUCGUCUGAAAGUGUAAUCGACGGCCGUCGCCAUAUUGUAUCGGGAAGUGAGAGAAGGUAUCGUUCGGUUGUAAGAUGUUGAACUAUUUUGCGGAAUGGUUGGGGACGAGCGAACCCGCGCUUCGUUUGCUCUUCUCCAUCCUCCUGGGAUUCCCUUUGGCUUUUGUACACCGAUGCUACGUCAUCAAUUUAAGUCCGUCGAUGCAGCACGUUUACUUCACAUUCUGCGGAGUUUCUCUGGGUUACUUCAACUACGGAUGGGACGUGACCCAUUCUCUGGUCUGUGUUUUAGUCAUUUACCUGGUCCUGCUGUUUGCUGGGGGGACUCUCCACUCCGUUAUUUUCUCCUUUGUUUUCCUCAUGGCUUAUCUGUUGAUCGGAUAUUAUUGCACCGCUACUAGCGAUUACGACAUCAAGUGGAGUUUGCCCCACUGCGUUCUCACCCUCAGACUCAUUGGCCUGGCUUUCGAUGUGUUCGACGGCAGCAAGGACCCGGAUAAACUGCCGCCGGACCAGAAGAAGACUGCUUUGCGGUGCCGGCCCUCCGUCCUCCAGAUAUCUGGCUUCACCUACUUCUUCGGGGGUUUUCUGGUCGGGCCGCAGUUUUCCAUGAGGCGGUAUCUGGAUUUCGUGGAGGGGAAGUUCGACGAGAAGAUCUUGAACGGAAACCCCAGCUGUGUCCGGGCCGCCCUUCGCCGCCUGGGUCUCGGCAUGGCUGUGCUGAGUGUCUACCAGGUGGGCAGCCUGUACGUUCCUGAGAAGUUCCUGCUCUCGGAGUACUACGAGAGCAUGCCCUUUUGGAAGAGGCUCCUGGGCGUGGGAGUGUGGGGACAGAUAUGCCUGAACAAGUAUGUGGCCUGCUGGCUGAUAUCCGAGGGGAGCGCCAUCCUCUCCGGGCUCACCUAUGCCGGUGUCGACAACGACGGGAGGGACCGAUGGGACGGCUGCGCCAACGUGGACCUGUGGGGCUACGAGACCACCACCACAUUCGAUGGUAUCAUAAAGUCCUUCAACAUCAACACCAACUUGUGGGCCGCACAGUACGUGUUCAAGAGACUGAAAUUUCUGGGGAACAAGUUACUGUCUCAGUUUUUAACGUUGUUGUUUUUGGCUGUGUGGCACGGUCUGCAUUCUGGAUACUACGUGUGUUUCCUGAACGAAUUCAUUGUUAUGAAGAUGGAACGCGACGUGAUAAAAAUGAUUAACGAAAACUCCACGUCUAAGGCCAUUGUGAAUAAUAGUGCCUUGAAGAUUCUCUUGCUCGUUUUCAACAAGGUAUACGUCACGGUGAUGUUCGGAUACUGCGUCGUACCUUUCGUACUUCUCUCCGUGGAGAGAUGGUGGAAGGCGUACGCCUCCGUGUAUUUCAUAGGACAUGUGAUUUAUCUUGGAUGGCCUCUGGUACAGCCGCUGUUCAGAAUGGCAAUUCCCAGAACAGAAAAAAAGGAAUAAAGAAGGAAAGUGUAGAGUUGCAAUGUCUUCCUCGCCAACGGAAAGCUUAAGUGCUACGAGAAAUUACGGUUAGGAACGCCACAAGAAGGUACCACAACAACAAAAGCACCAUUUCUUAACUUUAGUUUUUCUUAACUUUUUGCAUACAUUUUUAUUACAAUCGUUUUCUUUUUUAUAUAUAUAAAAACUAGAAUGCAUCAUAAAUCUGUUGUCAAAUAAAACUUAUUAUAGUUGCUUCUUUGCAUCUGUGUAUAGAUCGAUAAUUUUUAUAAAUAUAUAUAUAUCUACAUGUGAUGGCAUCAUAUUAAUUAACAUAUUGGUUUUUGUGAUCAUAGUCUACUACCAUUUUCCCGUGUACUUAACAAAUGUGGAAUCACGAGCCGGGCCGAAGGGCACUGUGGAAUGAGCAUCCGAACAUUCGCAAUGACUGUAACAUAAUAAGAGUUGUUGAUUUUUAAUAAUUCCAAGCUUCUAUUAAUAUAUUAAAUAUGAGAAAAAAAAAACUUUAAUGCAAAAAAAAUUCUAGGAAGAAUUUAAUUUAAAUUAUCGUCAUCUGUCGACAAUGAUAAUUUGCACAAAUAAAUUGUUAGUUUUUUUUAUUAACGAAUGUUUUAAUGUAUAAAAUUUAUGCAAUAUUUCGGGUUGGAAAUUUUGGGUUCGAGUGCAAAUCAACGAUCUCAAGAGUCACUCAAAAAAGCAAUUAGCUUUAUGUAAAAUAUUAAAUAAUAAAUUAUUUGAUUUAA